UAUACUAUAUAUGAAAUCUGUAUGUUAGUGACGUGAGGUAGUAUAUGUAGUUUUGAUAUUAUAUUUUUUGUUUUUACGUGGGGUACACUGAAUGUGUGUAUUAUUUUUAUCGUAGUUUUUUUUCUUUAUCUGUUAAAUUAGACUACAUCUACAUUUUUGUACUUUUUUCAGUUUAAAGUUUCAUUAUUAAGGUCCGUGCUUAGAAUGUUUCCAACUGCCUGUCAAUCUGAAAACACUUGGGUCUGUAAUGAAUGACGCUAAUUCCGUUCUGUUUAGAGAACAGCAUUAGAGAUUUAUUACAUAGACGAAUAUGAAUUGAACGGUUGACAUUGUUUUGAUUUAUUUAUUUAUUUAUUUAUUUAUUUAUUUAAUGUACUAUCAUUUUAAAUGAGUUUUGAUCCUUUUUUUAAAAUUCGGCCAGUAAUCGGAAUACAGUUGCUGUAUUUAUUUAUUUAUUUAUUUAUUUAUUUAUUUAUUUGUUUGUUUGUUUGUUUUUUGCUGUAGUUUAAACUUUUUUUUUGCUUUUGCCGGAUACUUUAUCAAUAAUUUGUGCUACACAAUUUACACCAGAUUACAUAAUCGAUCGGGAGGGUCAGUGCUGCACCCUACUCUGAGCUCUGAGGAUGUUUGACCUGGAUCUGUUCUACCGCUCAGCUGAUUGUGUGCAGAUUUUACAUGUUAUUUUAUACAAGUUACAUUUCGGACGGAGUCCUCUCAAAAUCCCAAGAAAAAGGGGGGCGGGUCCAUAUUACACAAGGAUUACAUCAGACGGCUGCAGCACCAAUUAUAUCCGGGCACCGCCACUACUGAUACUGCUGGUAAAGCUGUGCUGUUCAUUGUAACAGUAGCGGGUAGAAUACUCUGCGUCACUUUGAAAUGUGGAAGCAGUACUAAAAGUCACUUUUGUAAUCUAAACAAGGUGGGAUCCAUGUAUGUCAUAUCUGUUGAUUUAUUUAACCUUUUAUUUAUAUAAGAUAUGUAUUUUGAUUAUUUUCCAAACAGUCUUGUAAUAGCCAUAGUAGCAAGGCUGUUGGUUUGAAUGCAGGUUGGGUGAUGGUUAUUAUAGGUGAUAUAGAGGGUUCACCUUACCUGUGAAAACCAGCCUUGCCAAACAAGGAAGGAGGAAGCGCGGUAGCAGUGGGGAGUUUCCAGGGCAGCACCCAUUGUGAGGUCAUCGCUACUACCCUGAGUGUUCCGAGAAAGAGGUCUAUACAUUGAGACAUGAAGCCAGCACGUCAAUGGCAUGACUCGCACUGAGUCAUCAGCCAGAGAUGUGUGUGUGUAUGUGUGUGUGUAUAUAUAUAUACAUUGUCCCAGUCCAGUAAAACUUAUCUAGCAUGGAUAGACAUGACUAGACUAGUUACUAUCUGGAGAAUGAGCGUGCAGGAAAUCCAGUAGAAUUCAAACGGGCAUCUAGCCUCUAAUAUAUACACUAGAAUUCAAAUGAGCCUCUAUUAUAUAUAUUAUACACUAGAAUUCAAAUGAGCCUCUAUUAUAUAUAUUAUACACUAGAAUUCAAAUGAGCCUCUAUUAUAUAUAUUAUACACUAGAAUUCAAAUGAGCCUCUAUUAUAUAUAUUAUACACUAGAAUUCAAAUGAGCCUCUAUUAUAUAUAUUAUACACUAGAAUUCAAAUGAGCCUCUAUUAUAUAUAUUAUACACUAUAAUUCAAAUGAGCCUUUAUUAUAUAUAUUAUACACUAUAAUUCAUAUGGGCCUCUAGCCUCUGUUAUACAUGUUUUCUGUUUCGACAGAUUAAGCUAAAGCUGGUAUUAAUGAAAAUGUUCCAGGCUGCUGGUGAUUCUAGGUUAGUUUUAAAGAGUGUCUCAAACAUUUAACAUUCCAAAAUACACUUUUCUUUAAAUAAUAAUUUAUGAACUUAAGACAGUAUUAAUGUCAAAUAUUUGACUGAUAGGACCGUCCAGCAUUGAAGAGUGGUUUGUGAAUGCCCAGGGACAGUGAAACAUGCCCUGGCAUAGAGAGAUCCUGCCCUGGACAAGCCCAGGGACAGUGAAACAUGCCCUGGCACAGAGAGAUCCUGCCCUGGACAAGCCCAGGGACAGUGAAACAUACAAGCAGGAUUAUCCAGCAGGGCUGCGGGACUUGCCCUUGCGUGUUUGUGUAGGGAACGUGUCUAGGCAUGUAGCAGUGUGUGAGUCACACUGCACUCCCUGCAGAGCAGGCUCCACCCAGCAGGGUGUAUAACCCUGCCAUUGGUUUAGAGAUGUUUAAAGGCUGAGCAGCGCUGACACUGAAUCACUGAGCAGUGCUCUGAUAGACUCCUGAGUCUGACACCACACACAGGGAUAACUGCAAGGAAACGCUGUUAGGAUGGUAAAGUGUGACACCAUGGCUCCUCAGAACGGAAUCCUGACGCCCUCCUUCAACACUCCAGUGUGCCGCUCCCUGUUCGGGCCGGUGGACCGGGAGCAGCUGCGAGUCGAGUUCCAGGAGAGCAUGCGCAAGACCCUGGAGGAGGCGACAUGCAAGUGGAGCUUUGACUUCGUGAACGAGAGCCCCCUGCAGGGGGGAGACUUCCAGUGGGAGGGGGUCCCGGGGAACAAGGUGCCUGUGCUGUACCGCCCCUGCAUGGUGAGGGCUGGCAGGCAGGGGGCGCAGUGCGCAAAGGAGAGGGGGAGCAAAAGGAAGCAGACCAACAUUACAGAUUUCUACCCGUCGAAGAGGAGGCGGGUGCAGUCGGCCCGGAAGUUGGAUCAGUGAAGCUGGAGUGGAGCUCACGGCUCUCACUCUGAGAUCCCACAAGCACUUUGCUCUCACCAUUCCUGCACUCAAGAACAGCUGGACCCUGCACAUCGCGGGACUGCGGAAGACUCGCUGUGCGAAGCUGCUGCAGUGAAAGAUCUGAUUUAUCAUACAUACCUCCCAAGAGCCUUGUCUCAAAGAUCUUCAUUUAAAAUAGCAAAGGACUGUCUUCUCCCUUCCCUCCUCUUCACUGUAAGCUAUGUAAGCCUGGCUGUAGCGAACAUUCCAAUAGAACAGCGGUGGCACUCCAUUGGAAUCAUUCCGAUUCUAUGUGCUGUGUGAGAACCACUAGACCAGAUCCACUCUGGUGAACUCCCCUUGACCAUAGAGUGGAUAUAUUGCAAACUGGGCACAAGAAUGGCCCAUUCCAAGGUUCUGAUCAUGUCUAAAAUGACCUUUGAACUCAGGAAAUGGGCUGCGGUUUCAGUGACAAUUACAUCCUCGGUCCAAAUUAAAGAAGAAGGCUAGUAAAAAAAAAUUUGUUCAAACUACAGUUUUUUAUUUAACAAAUUGUUGCAUGCAAAACCGAUAUUUUGUCAAGAUACGAUUCAGUAUUUUAAGCAUUGUGCUUUGAGAACAGGCUAAUGUAAUGGAAGUUAUUAUAUAUAUAUAUAUAUAUAUAUAUAUAUAUAUAUAUAUAUAUAUAUAUAUAUAUAUAUUUUUAUAUAUAUAUAUUUUAAUUUUAAUAAUAUAUAUAAUUAUUUUCUAUUGUAUAAUAUAUUGUGUUCUCUGCACAGAAAAGUUUGACCGUUUACUGCAUUAACAUGGGGCUUCCUGUACACACACACACACACACACACACACGCACGCAGACACACACACGCACGCACGCAGACACACACGCACGCAGGCACACACGAGCACACACGCAUGCACACCCAGACACACGCACACACACACAUAUUAGUAGCAUAUGAUAUUAAGUAGAGUGUAAUAUUGUAGACAGCCUCCUCGUGUUAAAGUGCUCUGUAGAUAAUGUAGCUUGUGUUUAUCUGAUUGAAGAAAUCUUUGCAUUUUUAAAACUAUUUGGGACGGUUGGGAAGUUCACUUCAACAAUUAGGUAUCUAGUUCAGGUCAGAGUUGGGAUUGAUGGUAUAAUGUUAGGGUCAGGGGUACUGGGUUAGUAGUAUGGUUAUACAAAGCUAAUUUGUAGCAUAGUCACUAAACUGAAGCUCUACAAAGGGGCUUCGUAAAUGAGAGGUGUCCGUACUGAUUUAAUAAGCAGGUUUAACAUGAGCUCUUACGUACAGCUUGAAGAGAAUGAUAGGUUCCCUCCACUUCUUCAUAGGAAAAGGUUUAGCCCUGUUUAAAUGAUCCACAGAAAACAGAAGUUAACCAUCUCUUAGUAUUUCUGUUUUUUUUUUAAUACAGGCCCUUGUUUUAAAUACAGCAACUUUGAAGUGUGGCAGAAAAAAAGCAAGCAGGUUCUGUGUUAAUUCAGAAAGGUUUUGCUUUCCUAUACCCCUGCUUGUUCAGGCACAGUAACGUUUCUUGACAACUCUUGUUUCACAAGCCACUGUUACAUUUCUGUAAAUAAUAAAUUAUGGUGUAUAAAAAAUUCCGUUGAGACCUUUACUUAAGUUAAUAAAAUAAUUAUUUAUUGUAAAACAUAAUAUUGUUUUUUGUUGUUACGUUUAUGAAAAAUAAAUAAAUUCUUCUUUGA